AUGCUUCUUAAUGCUCCAGCUAUUCGGGAUGGGAUGGUGGAUAGGUUGAAAUGGAAUGCAGGAAAUUUGGGGGUUUUUACUGUGUCUUCUACCUAUGAGUGGAGUGCAGCAUCUGUUGAAGCUAGUAGUAACUUAGUAGGGUAUGCUGAUUCGGAUGAUUCACGGUCGAGGAGAAAGAAGAAGAGCAGGAGUUCUAGGCGUAGUAGGAAAUCGGAAUCAGUCGGUGAUAGUGAAUCGGAUGAGUUGAGUGACCAAUGCCAUUGCCUAGAGCUGAAGGACAUAUUAGCUAUGGAGGGGCACUCAGGCCUGGUGAAGGUGAUGCCAUUGCUCAGUACGUUCAACAAGGAAAGCGUAUCCCAGGGAGAGAUGGACAAGGCAUCCAUAAUCAAAGAUGCAAUUGACUACAUCCAAGAAUUGCAUGAGCAAGAGAGGAGGAUCCAAGCUGAUUUAAUACAGCUUGAAUCUGGAAAAUUGAAGAAAAAUGCAGUUUUUGACUUGGAUCAAGAGAUUCCAACCUUGUCAAGACUCAAGAAAAAGGGAAUUGAUCAUAGUUAUGAUUCAAGGAGAUCAACCACUUCUUCCAUUGAAGAUCUUGAAGUAAGUCUUUGA